GCGGAGGCUGUAGCGGGGAGGCGGCAGCGGCGGCAGCGGCUGCGUCCCCGGAGCGGCGCGGACCAUGCUGCUGGACGCCGGCCCGCAGUUCCCGGCCCUCGGAGUGGGCACCUUCGCCCGGCACCACCACUCGGCCGCGGCGGAGAUGCAGGACCGGGAGCUGAGCCUGGCGGCGCAGAACAGCUUCGUGGACUCGGCGGCGGCGCACAUGGGCGCCUUCAAGCUCAACGCCGGCGCCCACGACCUCUCCCCCGGGCAGAGCUCGGCGUUCACCUCGCAGGCGCCCGGUUACCCUGCCGCCGCCCUGGGCCCCCACGCCGCUCAUGUCGGUUCCUACUCCGGGACGCCCUUCAACUCUACCCGGGACUUCUUGUUUCGCAGCCGGGGCUUCGGGGACUCGUCGCCGGCCGGCGGGCAGCACGGCAUCUUCGGCCCUGCGGCCGGCAGCCUGCACCACCCGCACACGGACGCUCAGAGUCACCUCCUCUUCCCGGGCAUCCACGACCAGCACGGUCCCCACGCCUCCCAAAAUGUUCUCAACGGGCAGAUGCGACUGGGCUUGCCGGGGGAGGUAUUCGCCCGGUCGGAUCAGUACCGCCAGGUUUCCAGCCCCAGGACUGACCCUUACUCGGCGGCUCAGCUGCACAACCAGUACGGCCCCAUGAAUAUGAAUAUGGGCAUGAACAUGGCAGCCCACCACCACCACCACCCAGGUGCCUUUUUCCGCUACAUGCGGCAGCAGUGCAUCAAGCAAGAGCUCAUCUGCAAGUGGAUCGAUCCCGAACAGCUGAACAACCCCAAAAAAAGUUGCAAUAAAACUUUCAGCACCAUGCACGAGUUGGUCACCCAUGUCUCGGUGGAGCACGUUGGGGGACCCGAGCAGAGCAACCAUGUCUGCUACUGGGAGGAGUGUCCUCGCGAAGGCAAACCUUUCAAAGCGAAAUACAAACUGGUCAAUCAUAUCCGAGUGCACACGGGAGAGAAACCCUUCCCCUGCCCCUUCCCUGGCUGCGGAAAAGUUUUCGCCAGAUCAGAAAAUCUCAAAAUUCACAAAAGGACGCACACAGGGGAGAAGCCCUUCCAGUGCGAGUUCGAAGGCUGCGACCGGCGCUUCGCCAACAGCAGCGACCGCAAGAAGCACAUGCACGUCCACACCUCGGAUAAGCCCUACCUGUGCAAGAUGUGCGACAAGUCCUACACGCACCCCAGCUCCCUGCGGAAGCACAUGAAGGUGCACGAGUCGUCCCCGCAAGGCUCCGAAUCCUCCCCGGCCGCCAGCUCCGGCUACGAGUCCUCCACCCCCGGGGCUGGUGCCCCUAGCGCCGAGUCGCAGAGCACCAACAACCUCUCCCCUGCGGCGGCGGCGGCGGCGGCGGCAGCGGCGGCGGCCGUGUCCGCCGUGCACCGGGGGGCGGCGGCGGCGGCGGCAGCGGCGGCGGCGGCGGCGGCCACAGCGGCCUUUCCUCCAACUUCAACGAGUGGUACGUGUAGGGCCCCGCCGGACUGCUCUGCACGGCCCCGCCGCGCCCUCCCCGCCCCGGCGGCGGCGGUGGCGGUGGCGGCGGGCAGGAGGGACCGAGCGAGCCCGCCGGAGACGCGCCGGGAGAUGCCGCCGCACCCGCCGGCAGCGAAAUGACGGCCGAGCAGGAUGGGGACAGGGGGCCUUCAUCUCCCCACACCCUCCCGCCUUCGCGUCUUUUUUUUCUUUUUUUUUUUUUCCUUUUUUUCUGGUUGGAUUCUUUCUUUUUGAAAAUAUUUUGAACCAGCAAAAAAAUUCCAAAAACUACGUGCUGAAAAAACAUAAGAGAAUGAGUAAAUCAACGGCGGAAAGGAAAGGGGAGAGAGAGAGAGAGAGAGAGAGAGAGCAAAACAUCCCCAUGCUCCACCAACACAUCACCCAGCUAAAAGCUUCCCAAGCCGGCGGAAAGAAACUCUCCCUCCGGAGUCUUCAGACAAAAGAUCAGAGACUCAAACUCCUCUGGU